AGCAGCUAAGUGUACAAAAGCUUUCCAAAGAGAAAGCACCGAGUGAGGAAUGGAAGAGAAAACAGCCUGAAAGGGCAAUAAGCUACAUUUUCAUGAAGUAAAACCUGCACCAAAGAAGGAGUGAUCAGAAUUUUCAUUCUAGUUUCAUAUCAUCAAGAUGUCAAGGUCAUUAAAUCGAAAACAAGAGAUCUACAAAAUAGAUUGGCAAUUACCUGCCGUCUCAUCGUCUGCUUCAGCACAUCAUAUUAGCAGAGAUCUCUUUGUUCUCUCAUAUGGUGCAUUAGUAGCACAGCUCUGCAAAGAUUAUGAACGAGAUGAAGAUGUGAACAAAUACCUGGAUGCAAUGGGAUACAACAUUGGAAUUAGACUAAUAGAAGACUUUUUGGCAAACACUGGAAUAAAAAAAUGCCGAAAUUACAAUGAGACAGUGGAUGUUAUUGCAAAGGUGGCUUUCAAAAUGUAUCUUGGAAUCACCCCAACCAUGAUUGGAGGUAAUGAUGGGGGGAACGGAUUUUCCCUUAUACUGGAUACUAAUCCACUGGAUGACUAUGUUGAGGAGCUUCCAUCAGGGAGAUCAUCACUUUCCUAUUGUAAUCUUUUAUCUGGAAUCAUCAGGGGGGCUCUGGAAAUGAUUCACUUACCAGCUGAUGUCACUUUUAUCCAGGAUAGGCUGAGAGGGGAUGAUGUCACAGAAAUAGGAAUCACAUUUCUCAGAAAAAGUGAUGAGAAAAAAUCAAAGCGAAAUAAGUGAAGCCAUUCAUUGCAAAUAAGUCAUGUAUUUCCAUGUAAGAUUUAGUGUUUAUGGAAAUUAUGGUGCAUAGAUCAAUAAAGUGAAAAUUGAAAGUA